AUGUAUUCCCAGCUCGACGCGUCCCGGAAAGAAAUACGUCUACUCCAUGUUCACCCGGGGGCCUGGGAUGAUGAUAUCGAAUGCCACCUCGAGACUGCCUCGCUGAACGACAACCCAAAAUUCUACGCGAUCUCGUAUGUUUGGGGCGACCCAACGAUAACGUUACCCAUCAGGAUCGAUGGCGAGACGCUGGAGAUAACACAGAAUCUGCGCAAUGGGCUGCAACGAUUGCGGAGAACGGAUGAGGCCUUGAUCAUCUACGCAGAUGCAGCCUGCAUCAACCAGUCAGACCUCAACGAGCGUUCUGAACAAGUACAGCUUAUGGGCGAAAUAUAUAGUUUGGCGGAAGAAACGUUCAUCUGGCUCGGCUACGGACGCAGCCCGCGAGCACCCUUCAAACGGCCGGCCACCGUCGACUGGACUGGAGAUGAAAGAGACGUCACAACCGUGGAUGCCUACUUCAAGCAGAGCAAGAUCCGAGAUGGUGGAAGAGAAGAGCAAAAGGAGGCAGAGGACGUACUCGGCUUCUUCGUUUACAUACGAAUCUGUGGCAUGGACAAGCACGUAGGCGAAAUCCCCUUCUUCACUGUAGAGAACGGGCGGCUGCUUCGCAAGGAGG